CUCCCCCACCGGGCCGCCAGUGCCCCGCGAGCCCCCCGCCCGGCGGCACCAUGCCGCGUUCCUUCCUGGUGAAGAAGAUCAAAGCGGAUGGCUUCCAGUGCAGCGGGGUGCCAGCCCCCACCUACCACCCCCUGGAGACUGCCUACGUGCUGCCCGGCGCCCGCGGGCCUCCGGGGGACAACGGUUAUGUGGCGCACUGCCUGCCCCCCAGCGGUUACGAUGGCGAGCAGAAGCCUGGGCUGGAGCUGGCGCCCGCCGAGCCCGCAUACCCGACCGCGGCGUCGGAAGAGUACAGCGAUCCCGAGAGCCCGCAGUCCAGCCUGUCGGCGCGCUACUUCCGCGGGGAGGCGGCCGUGACCGACAGCUACUCCAUGGACGCCUCGGGCGGCGGGCAUCGGCACGCAUGCGCAGAGUGCGGCAAGACGUACGCCACGUCGUCGAACCUGAGCCGCCACAAGCAGACGCACCGCAGCCUGGACAGCCAGCUGGCGCGCAAGUGCCCGACGUGCGGCAAGGCCUACGUGUCCAUGCCCGCGCUCGCCAUGCAUGUGCUCACGCACAACCUGCGCCACAAGUGCGGCGUGUGCGGCAAGGCCUUCUCCCGGCCCUGGCUGCUCCAGGGCCACAUGCGCUCGCACACCGGCGAGAAGCCCUUCGGCUGUGCGCACUGCGGCAAGGCCUUCGCCGACCGCUCCAACCUGCGCGCGCACAUGCAGACGCACUCGGCCUUCAAGCAUUACCGCUGCCGCCAGUGCGACAAGAGCUUCGCUCUCAAGUCCUACCUCCACAAGCACUGCGAGGCCGCAUGCGUCAAGGCUGCGGAGCCGCCGCCCCCCGCCGGCCCGGCCAGCUGAGCCUCCGCUACGCCGGGUGCCCGCAGAGGCUUUUCUCACCCCUCAGUCUAGCGUCUCCCCUGCCUGCACCCUUGGCGGGGUGAGGGUGAACCCCAUUUUGACCCAGGAUUUUCUUUUCAACCCCCACCAAGCCCACCUCUCACUUCCUGCACCAUAUCCCCCUUUGCGCCCACCCACAUUGUCCAUUCUGGCCACCACUCGGACCUUGACCCCAAGUCUGGCCUUCAAGGCUUCCAACUCAGGCACCAGGUCCGUACCUCUUCGGGUCCCGGCGCUGGAAGUUUCUCCGGCCCCGACUCUAAGCUGUGCUCCUUACUAGAUCUUUCUUCUCAUUUCUCAGCUGAGUCAUUGGCCAUUCCUCUAUUGGAGCCCUCAUUCUAAACCCGAAUGUACCCUUGACUUCCUGUCUGCCUCAGUUUCCCUGUCCACACUGUCCGAUCUUUUGGGUCUCUCUGCUGAGUGUGUGUGUGUGUGUGUGUGUGUGUGUGUGUGUGUGUGUGUGUGCGCGCGCGCGUGUGCAUGCGUGUGUCCAUCCGAGAAUCUAAUCUUCACCCCUCCUGAAGUCCCCUGCCUGUCCACCCCUGAUCCCCUCGAUGCUUAGGCCUUAGGUCCAGCCACUCACACAGUCCUACCUGACACUUCCACCCUCCUUAGUCUUCCUGGAUCUCAUCAGCCAUUCUACUCCCUGCUAUCUCCAGCUUCCCUCUAGUAGAUCUCCAUUCCUCAGUUUUCCUAGCUGGGAACAGACUUGGGAGGCAGCCCAGGGCUUUGCCCUCUCAGGUGACCCUUCUUACCCCAGGACAGUUCCUGCCUAGGCCUCAGGCAGAGAGCUGUGCCUUUCCCGGAUUAUCUGAGCACUUUCCCUCACCCCAGGACCACAGGUUCACCUCUGCACCUCACCCAUGGACCCUACCCCUCAUCUGGCAGGGCCCCUUCAGCUAUUUAUUUGUGUAUUUAUUUAUUUAUCUAUUUAUUAUUCUAUUUAAUCUCUUGGCUUCACCCAGGGACUGUCUGGCUUUCCCAGCUGGACUGGGAAGUCGAGGAGCAGGGUCAGCAAGGCCAUAGCUCCCUAUGGGUCUGGGGAGAAGACCACCCUUUUCAGAGGCCUGAACUCCUUAGGACGAGGCCUGGAGAAAUGGGGAGGGGGGGCGCGGAGCCUGCUGAUCCUCAGCUGGCAGAGGAGGGGCCAUCAGAAGGUCCUAUUUCGGGGCAGGUUCCCGGCCUCCUGAGCCUUCCAUUCCGGUCCCAGGAAGCCCUUCUGGACCCUCCUCCUUUGUUUCUUAUUUAUUCCUCUUUCAGAGGGACCCCAGGUUCCAGGGACCGACUGAGCCCCGGACCCCGCUGGGGCCUCUGGCCUGCUCCCGGGAGGAGUGCUCUCUCCCGGCCACGACUAUGCAACUCUCCCGGGCAGAGGGGCCGGGACUGCCAGCCAGGCGCCUAUUGGCCACCACUACCUCCUCCACCGCGCUUUUGCAUGCCCGGGCGAGGACCGAAGCACACACCUCCGCGCGCACCGGCCCGGCCCCCUCUGCUUUAAGCACACGCCUCUACCCGCAUCCCUCUGUGUCCUCUUUGGGGACAAGAGUCCUGGACACUCAGACCUCCUCCCCAUCCCCCUAGCCACAAAAGAGGGAGGAGACUGCAGACCGCUCUAGGUCCCUCUCUGGGGCUUCCGAGGGAUGGAGCUUCAUUCAGCCCCAGGCUCCUGGAAGGGAGGCUGCAGAGAUGGUGGGAGAGAGAGGGGUCACCAGAAGCAAUUAUGGAGGGUGCUGACCCUGUAAAUAGAAACUUCUGACAGCAAUAAUUUCCCAUGCAUGCUAAGCCUUUGGCCCCUCCCUUGCUGUACCCUUCACUCAUCCCCACUCCUACUCCUUCCCCAUCUCCAGCAGUAUUACUUGUAACGCAAUUCAGGGAUAUUAAAGGGACUUUGGCCACUCA